AUGACAAUUGGCUUAUUUUUUCGAUUAUCUUAUGUAGAAUAUUUAUAUAAUUUAAAAAUCCUUCCUUUUACAUUUUUUCAAUUAUAUUAUUAAUUUAUUGGUAGGAGUAUUUAUAAUUUAAGAGGAAUAAUUUGCAAAAAUUAAUUAUUUAAUUUUUUACUAAUAAAUAAAGUAUCCUAAAAAAUUCUUAGAUAAAUGGCUAAAACGCAAAAAAAAAAAUAGCAAAAAAAAGAAAUCGUUAUUGCGAACUAAGUUCCAAUUGAGUUCCAAAAAAAGUCUGAAAAAUUAGUAAAAUUUAUGAAUGACUGUAUGUGGUUUCCUAAGAAUUAUGAAUUUUCGUUUGAUGAUAAGGGCGAAAUAGUGAAUCUCACAAUAAAUACUCAUAAAAACAAAGAGCCAAAUGUACAAUUUGAAGAGGUAUUGAAGGAAAUACAUUCAAAAUUUUCUUCUAUAUAUAAUUUAUAGCUAAAUAUAGAAGAGCUGCUUGAAAAAUAGUAUAUUGAUCAAAUUUAACCUUUAUAAAACUUUGAAGAAACAUUAGAGAUUUUAAACUUAAAUCUGAGAAAUUAAGGUUUGGAUAAAAAGUAUUUUGAAAAGGCUGUAAAAUAUUUUUGCUUAAAUGGCUUAAAAUAAUUGACUCUGUACAUUGAAAAAAAUCCUAUUAACUCAGGAAUAUGCACUUUAUACACUUAAAUGAGAUAGAUGGAAAAUCUUGUUAAAGUCCAUGUGGAAGCGAGAUAAAUAUCAUUUGAUAAAAAGCAACUCAGUAAUUUAACAAAAUAAAUAUAAUAAUUGUCAUAAUUAUCCAGCUUUCACCUUAACUUAUCAGAUAAUUCCCUCAAAUCAGUGGAAUAACUAUUUGAAGGUUUUUCGAAAAUGAGCAAUCUUAAACACCUUGGCAUAGAUUUAAAGAAAAAUGAAAUAAAUGAAAAUGAGGUGGAGAAGAUUUCUAAACAUGUAGCUAAAUACUAAUUUCUAGACUCACUUUUUAUAAAUUUAUCUUAUAACAAAGUUUAUAUUAAUGGCUGUGAUUAUUUAGGAGAAGCUUUAUAAAAUUUAAAGAAUUUGAUCAAGUUAGAAUUGAGACUUGAUUGGGAUAAUGUAUAGGAUUUAGGGAGUAGUAUAUUAGGUUCUCAUAUUAGAAAGAUGAGCGGAUUAAUAGAUCUAGAUAUUAGACUAAACUACAAUAAAAUUUUUAGACAGGAAUUCAUAUAAAACUAGUUGAUAGGUAUGGACAAUUUGAUAAGACUAAAAAUUUAAAUUUCAGAUAAGCAACCAACUAAGCACUUUGCAUAAUAUUAAAAAAUUAUGAGAGCCAAAGAAGCUGAACAACUAAAAAUUUUAGUUUUUUAUAGAGAUUUAUCAAAGCUCUUAUAAUACAAUUCCAUAUUUACUCUUUGGGAUUUAUAUCUAUGA